GUGGCGGUGGCGGUGGGUAUGGCUACAGCCCGUACGGGUCGUACGGGACGGGCCUGGGGUCUGGCGCCUCCACGCCCCCGGGCGAGCGCGGGUCGCGCCGGAAGAAGCUAGCCGCGGUCGCGGGGAGCGUGUACCGUGCCGGGGUGGCCGCCGCGAGCGAGUUGAAGGAGCAGUAUAAUAAUACGAGGAUUCGGGGCGUGGAUAUGACGGGCGCGCAGGUCUCGAUUCCGGGGGCGUUUCCCGAGGUCUCGAUCAUCACCAGGGGGGAGGAGCAGAUGGUGCUGUUUCCGACGUAUGCGAAGAAGCAUGUGAGGGAGUUCACUGAACGGGGUGGGCUGCCGCCGGGGGAGUCGUUCCAGGCCGCGAACGCGGCGCAGAUGGGGAUGAGUGAAAAGGAGUAUUGGAGCCAGGAGUGGGCGAGGGCCGAGGAUGAGAAGGCCGUGGUGGAUGUGGAUGUGAGGGGAUGGAUAUACAUGCCCAGCAAGGGGCCCAUGACACGACGGAACCGUAUGUUGGUUGGUCUUGCGAGGAGACUGAGUGGGGUUCCGGCGCCCACGGUACAAUCGGAGCCUACAGCGAGCUCGCAUGAAGAAUAUGAAGAAAUGAAGGAAGAGCAGAGAAUCGCCCGGGAGGCCCGAGAGAUCGAGAAACGCGGGCAGGACGAAAAGGAGGUCGCGAACAGGGGAGGGUACAGCGAGGCGCCGGGCGGUUUGAAGGGGAACAACCAGAUUUCUGCAUCAGCGCCGACAUCGCCCACCUUGUCAGGGAGGACGCCCACCAUGUCACAGACCGACAUGACAGAAGCAGAACUCGCAGUCGCCAACGCGAAUCUCAUGGCACGCCUUGGGCCUUUCAUGACAACACCAUUGGUGCAAAUUCCCAUCACCAUCUUCUUUUACAACGAGGAACAGUCACGGUCCCACACAGUUAUGACCGACGACUCCGGACACUUCAACGCUCGCGUCGCCCUCGAAUUCGUUCCGACAGAUGUCAGGGUCCUGGCGAACGAGAGUAUCUCAACCACGAAGCCUGUCGAGAUCACCGGCUCCAAAGGGGUCAGCCUGAUCAGUGACGUCGACGACACGAUCAAGCACUCCAAUAUCUCAAUGGGUGCCCGCGAGAUUUUCAGGAACGCUUUGGUGCGCGACCUGGCCGAUUUAACGGUGGACGGUGUCAAAGAAUGGUAUCACACGAUGCACAACAUGGGCGUCAAGAUGCAUUAUUGUUCCAACAGUCCAUGGCAGCUGUACCCGGUUCUCGCGACUUUCCUCCACACGGCGGGCCUACCUCAGGGGUCAAUGCAUCUGAAACACUACAGCGGUAUGCUUCAGGGUAUUUUCGAACCGGUUGCGGAGAGAAAGAAGGGGACGUUGGAAGCCAUCAUUAGGGAUUUCCCGGAACGCAAGUUUCUUCUCGUUGGAGACAGCGGGGAGGCAGACCUGGAAGUCUAUACCGAACUUGCCCUGGCCAACCCCGACCGCAUCCUGGCGGUCUUCGUUCGCGAUGUCACCACUCCUGACGAAACAAAGUUCUUCGAUUCAUCAUACAGCAUAGACUCGGGGCAACGAAGCAGGCAAGGGAGCAAUAGAGCUAGGCCAGGGGGUCAAUCAGCCGGUGACGAGCUUGAGAGGAGACCACAACUGCCUCCCCGAGCGACAGCCCCACCCGCGAGCUCAGGGCCGAUCAUGGGGACGUUGAUUGAUUUUGACGAACCCGAGCCGGCAAGGUCUACAACUGGGAGUCUUCAGGACCUAGCAAAUCUCAGCACUCCAGGCUCGGAUGUCCCGUCUCGGAAACGGCCACCACGGCCAGCCAAACCAGCUGCGUUGCGGAGCACGCCCUCUGAUAUCAGCACCACCAGCCAGAGAAGUACUCCUACCGGGCCUGAUCCUAGCCCAGGGCUACCCCUCCGGCCACGGACUUCUGCUGGGACACCUCCCAACACUUCGAAACCGACGCCGCCACCUCCCCCGCCUCCCCGCCGCCGCGGCACCGCCCCGAUGGUGCAGCACCCACAACAACCGCGCAGUAGCGGCUACUUUAACUCGGACGUGCCCGAGAUGGAGCCCCUCCCGAACGUCUCUGGCGGAUACCCAGCCAGUAUCUCUGAGACAGGGACGCCGCCAAACGGCGCGGCGGCAACGGCGGCUCUGAACAAGAAAGUGGCCUUGUGGCUGCAGAGGCUGGCAAUGGCCCACGAGAGACUGGAUAAGCAAGGGGUGAAGUUGUAUACCUGGAGGAAAGGUGACGAUGUGAUUGCCGAGGCAGAGGGGAUUGUGAGAGAUGCGAUGAGGAAAAUGGACUUUGAUGGACAACGACCGUGAUGUUAAUAAGGGAUGAGG